UCAAAGGUCAGAGUUUGUUUUCAACAUGGCCACGUGCGAGCUGAAGGGAGAGCUGAAAUACAGAGAUGGACAAACAAAUCAAUUCACAGUGAAAGUGGAUGACAAUUUAAAAUCAAUGAUAUCCGGUAUCAAGAAAUUAAGUGCUGAUAUCUCGGACGUUUUGACGGUUCUUGUUGAACAAGAAAAGGGCUCGACGGGAAAUAUCAAAGACGCGGAUGAUGAUGAUGAAGAUGACAGUGAUGAAGAGGACAAUAACACGAAAAAGGCCAGCAAGACAAACACAGAACCUCCAAAAAAGCGAAAAAAGAAUUGAGAACCAUGAUCCUAUAAAUUGUCAGACUGCUGUGAUGCCUUUUAUUACAUAAAGAGAUGGUUACACCCAUUCCCCUCCUCAUUUCAAAAUGUCAUGACUGCCACGAACAGGUCAAGAAUGUUGGGAAUUUUGUCCGAUUUUUUUGGGUUCCUCCUUGUUUUGUUUAUUUAUUUGUUAUUUUUGAUAAAUUUGUGUGCAUCCUCAAACUACCGGAUACUGUUGUACUGGGGAGAUUGUUUAUCAAUUACAAUAAUCGCAACAUUUUGGCUGACAUAAAGUUACAUAUUUACAGCAGUUAUCACUCCGUUAAGUCAUUUUACACCUACAAUAAAGUUGUAAAGCAAUCUGACCCAUAAAAUGUGUGUUAUUUCUGAUUUUUAAGUAACUUGUCGCUUUUAUGAAUAUGCAUUGCACAUUACAUUUCUUUAUUGAAUUGUAUCAGAAUCCAAACUUGGUUCAUAUGACAGUGCAUUACGAUUGCAAUGGAAAGUAAAUAAAUGCCUAUUGUA